GUCUAGCAUUUUCUAUCUUUCCUUUUUGUUUGUGUUUCGUGUUGUGUUUUGUUUACCCACUCUUCUCUUGGAAGGGUGGUUUGUGUUUGGGUGAUUUUAUUUUUUCCUUUUUGUUUAUGUAGGUUAUGAAUCGUGGAUCCCAAUAGCUUCUACAAUAUGUCGGGGGAAUCCACAACCACCCAAAUGGGAGUACCCAGUAGCUUCAUGGAGCGAACAAGAAGGGGGAAGCCAAGGAUCCGAGUUCUAUUACCAACCCCCCUUCCAAGAAGAAAAACCAUACCAUUGGGGAUAUGAAGAGGCUUCCCCAUAUCAGGAAGAUUUCCCUCCACAACCCGAGGAGAAAUUCAAGUUGGAGUUGGCCAUGGAAGCCUUCAUGGGACAAUCGUCAAGACCAUGUGCCACUCCACAACCGGAGCCAAAGAGAAAUUGGAAUCUCAUGGUGGAGAAAUUUGCCCGAGGUACCGAAGAGGGAUGCUCCAAUUUGGACCUUCCCAUCGUCAGCCCUAUCGACUCGACCUUUCUUCGGGAGGCGGAGGAGCUCCAUCGACGCAUGAAGGGGCAAAGAGAGCUUGUUGAGCAAGCAUGUGCACAACUUGCUCGCAAUCGCCUCCUGCCAUUUGAAGAAGAUAAAGAGGAGGGCGAAGAGGCAAGCCAUGAGACCCUUGGGAGAAUGAGCUCCAGCAUGGAUUUCCAACCCCUCCCUCCUCCCGGUUUGACACUAGAAGAGAAAGUGGCACGAGCUUGUGAAAGCUAUCACCUCUCAUUAUUGGAGGAGAAAAAGGAAGUUGAAGGGGCGCUCAAUGAAAACCAUGUGGAGCUAGAGGAACUCACCCCAGAGACUCAUGGUGAGGAUGAACAAGAAGUUUGCAUUGACGACUCCCAUCAUCUUCCCCUUCCCGAAAGCAACUUUGAAGACCAAGACACGAGUGUGGAGGAGCAAGAGAAUCCCUUCUAUGACCUUGCAUGGCAUCUUGCCUGCAAAUUCGUCUUGGAGACAUGAAUGGGAAGGAGAAAGAAGAGGUUGAAGAGGAGAAGUGAGCAUCGAAGAAGGGGAAUACCUUGAUUCUUCCCAACGGGAGGAAAUUGAAAAAGAAGGAAGGGAGGUUGAGGAAGAAGGAGAAGGAGCAAGUGGUGUCCAAGAUGAGGACGAGGUCAAGGUGGAUGAAGAAUCCACAAGUUACAAGUGCUACCAAUGCUUUCCACCCGACCUCGAUGCACUUUUGGAGAAGGACCCAUUUGCGGCUCUUUGCCAAUCCAAGGCCAAACAAUCAACGGUCCCUCUUGGUGGAUGUGAUGGAAGCCAAUCGAGUUUGCACUAUAUGGUAUGGGGCAAAGAGAAUGAAGAAGAAAGAAAGGAGAGGUCUCGUGGGUGGAGCCGCAUGACAACUCAAGUUCACGAGCCCUCAAUCAUGGAUUCAUCCAAAGCUCAUGACUUGUGAGACCACCUCACCAACGAGAACCUCAACUUCAAGGAGGUUCUUGGGUGGACUGAAACUUGAAGAGCAACCGUCCGGCUCACAAUGUUAAAGAAACACUUGUUGGGAGGCAACCCAACCACCAUCUGUUUGUUUUCUUUUGGCUUCAAUAAGUCGACCUUUUGUUU